CAUCUUCGUGCACGUACAAUCGUGUUCGGUACUUAUUCAGACGUGUUUCGAGCGAGAUGGAAACAGUGUAAAUUUAGAAUGUAUAUUAGUAUGUGUCGUUAUUUAAAGUGCUGCCGUGCGAAAAGUGUUUGAUGUGUGAGUUUGGUGUGGAAGUUGCGUGAAAUGAAGGCAGAACGGGAGUCGAGCCGCCAAUAACCCGGGGUUAAAAAAUCGACGAUCGCUCUCGGGCACCAAUGGCUGAUGAUGGCGAGGCAUCGAACAAGCCCAAGCCGCACAGGCCGCAGGAAACAUUCCACCGAGCGCAGGAAACGCAAGUCGAGCACAGGUUUCCGAGUAACGCAGCCGGGAUAGCACCAACACUGAGAGGACCUAAGAGUUUGUGCCUGAAGCGGAACGGCGACAGUUUUGGCUUCACGUUACGACAUUUCAUCGUCUACCCACCGGAUUCGAUAGCGGAGAGCGAUGGGAGGUACGCGGCUGUGGGGGCCUUGUCUGCCCCUAUGGACACCAUCUUCGUGAAACAGGUCAAGGAUCCGAGUCCGGCGAAAAGAGCGGGAUUGAGGCAAGGGGACCGUCUGGUGAAAGUCAACGAGGUGCUGGUGACAAAUAAGACGUACGCCCAGGUGGUGCAGUUGAUACAGAACACCCCCGAGUGGCUGUACUUGUUAGUGGUGCCUAAGGAGGAUGAUAUUCUGCAGAGGUAUUUUGCCGAGACCGCCUACAACCCCAUCAGCAACCAAGACGUACCUCGCUUUGUGAACGACCGCCAAGCAGCCCAGCACUUCCUCGCGCAAACUCUGUACCCUGGCGAGUUUCAAGUGGACGCCAUCUCGUGGAGGUCCCUCCAGAACUCGUACGGUUAUGACUACAAGCAGCCGCUGUCGUACCGUUCGCAGAGGAGCGCCGACAACCUCGACAUAAAGGAUACGCUUAAUCCCACCUACUACCCCGAUGAUUCGUUCAAGCGCCAACGGUCCCGGGCGCAACCCCAAGUGCCUCCGGUUCGAAAAAUGGGCCGCAGGGCGAGCGACGGCUGCGCUUUGUACGACUACCCCGAAUUGACGGACUACGCGGAUAUGAAGACGAUACAGAGAGAAACCCAGAACCAGGAGAUGCCGGCUUUGAGGUAUCCGAAUGCGGCCGGAUGCCGCUUGAGUCUUGACGCGGGGAGGAGGGAGUCGUCGUCGUCGUUAACGUCGUCGCUGGCCGACGGCAGCAAAGAUAGUUUGAAUUCGUACGAUUCGACGUCGACUCUUACCGGGCACGAGACGGACGAUUCGGCGAUCAUCUCGAGGUUGAGGAGGAGUCUGCAGCAGAAGGAGGAGUUCUUGAAGAUGACGCCCGAGGCGACGGUGAAACAGAGGGAGUUUUACAGUAGGCCGAAGAAGUUGGAGAAGGCGAUGUGGCCGCCGGUCGAGUCGCCGUCGAAGGGAAAACCGACGCAUCAGAACUUCCAGAGGGUGAAGAACGACAUCGAGAACGAGAGGGAGUUGCAGUCGGUGAGUGGAGGAGUUCCGGUGGGGUUGCCGCAGCAGAGGGGGGCGAACUCGCCCAACGAUAAGCUUUUCGUGGCUAAUCAAGAGAAGAUCAAAGAGGCUGCUACUGCACCCAGCGGGUUGGACCACGUGGAGCAGUUCAACGGGUCGUUUAAUGCGGAGAGCGAUACUUCGGAUGAGAGACGGCUGUAUCCACCUAGUGUUCAGAUGGUGCAUAAGAGGGCUCGCCAGUUCGAGAGCGGCAGGCCUCUCCCCGAAGACGACCCGAUCCUCAGCGAUCGCACCAGUUUCUAUCGGUCCGAGCUGGCGAGGCUCAGCUCGAAGAAGGUCGUCCCGAACGUCACCGAAAGGGCGCAGGAGUUCGAAACUAGGUCCAGCGAGCCGCGACGAGACGCUGUUGCAGUCCCGGCGAGCCCGAAGAAGAUCCAAAGGGACUCUAGGUCGUUGGAGAGUACUGAGAGCUCCAGCAGCACUAGUAGCGUCGGCUUGAGCAUCGGCGAGCUGGUGGCCAAACGACUUUCGGGAAAUGUAAUGAUUUCCACUGGAAGUAAAUAUAUUCACUGUCCACCGCCCUCAGAAUAUGGCAAGCCCACAGAAACGCCAGAGAACCAGGCGAACAGAGUACGCGCCCGUUCCAGCUCGGCGGAGUCGUGGGUAGUAGUUGAUGCUCAACCAGAACCCAAACCGGAAAGCAACAAGAGGAUCAGUAGACAGGAUGCGAUCGUCGACGAUGGUAACAAAACUAAAGACCACCAGGUGGACGAUCCGGGCCAGAUCCCGUACGCUGACCUGCCUCCUCUUAUCCCCGAACCCGUCGAGCACAUGCACUGUACCCCUUCCGUAUCCAUCACCCCUGCACCCACAGUCCUAGUCCCGCAGACUUCGAAGGCCGUCCGGCCCAACCAGCUAGAUUUGGAAGGGCCCGUCAGGCCCGCUAGACAUCUCAAACCACCGUCUUCGACAGUUGACACGCCGAUGCGUCGUCCCGUUUCACCAGUCAUUGGGGAGGAUAAACCAGUUGUGGUUAAAAGAAGAACUAAAAGUACUAACCUGGCCGACGACGAACGCACCACCAGGCGCGAGUCGUACCUCAAGGCCACAGAAGGGGGCAGGAUGCACAUAGACAGCGACAUGAGCGACGGCGACGUCUCGCCCCAGGUCCUGCGAAGCGCGCACAGACGUUGGCGACCGCCUUUGUUUCCUGGGGACAUUCAGCAACUUCGUAGACUGUUUGAGGACGCUGCUUCCUCUCUGGGCGGCAGCAGCAGCAGCAGCGCAUCGUUGGAUCGAGAAAAGGCCAACGCGAGUCCUUUGGAUAAAGAAAAGCAUGCGGUGAUCAGAGAAGGGCCUCUGCAUUGCAAGAUCACGGAAAUCGACGGGAAGCGUUCCGGCGACCGCUCCUGGAAGCAAAUUUGGGCGGCUCUGAAGGGUCCAAAGCUGUUCCUGCACAAAGAUAAACAUCACCAGAGCCCGAUGGGUACGUCGGACGCCGUGGAACAUUCUUUGGCCAGCGGUGUCGACAUGAGGGCGAGCGAAGUGCGAGUCGCCGAAGACUAUACUAAAAGAAAGCACGUUCUGAGAGUAUCAUCUGUCAAUCCGUGUCGGUCGGAGUUCCUCCUCCAAGCCGAGAAUACCGAAGAGUUUACCGAUUGGUUCAAAGCAUUACAAGAACAAAUGGCAACAAAUACGGAGGCUGAGGCGAAAUUCGAUCCGCUGGCCGCCAGCAAACAGCAAGCAGUCCCCCAGACCGUCCCCGCCUCCACAUCGAUCCUGGUUCCGAGCAACAGCAGCCGCCUCUCCCCCCAACCCUCCAAAGCCAAACCAGCCACCUCCCGCAACCGCUCCCCGACCGGCCAGUCGCCCGUCAGCAAAACCCGCAAACCAUCCCAAGUCGCCGAUCCAUCCUCCACCAGUCCCAAAGUGAAGACGUGGCGCGGUCGCGUCGCCAAGCAAUUCCGCAAGAUGCACGGAGCGAGCUCGCCGAGUUCGCCUACCGCUCCGGAAGGUUCGACUUUCGGGAUACCGCUCGACCAAUGCUUGACUUCGUCGAACAACCCCUACGUGCCGAAGUUUGUCGAAAUUUGUACUGACAUCGUCGACGCUAGGGGUUUGCAGACCGUGGGGAUCUACCGAGUGCCGGGGAACAACGCGUCGAUCACGGCGCUGCUGGAUGAGAUUAAUCGGAACUAUGACGAAGUGCCGGUGGAGGAUCCGCGGUGGAAUGAUCUUCACGUUGUGAGUAGUUUACUCAAGGCGUACUUCAGGAAGAUUCCGGAUUCGCUGAUGACCAGUGCGUUGUAUCCGAGUUUCAUCAAAGCGGAUAAAAUUGAAAAUCCGGAGGGGAGGGUGAAGGAAUUGAAGAGGCUAGUCAAGAGUUUGCCACCGCAUAAUUAUCACACGUUGAAGCACAUCGUGUUGCAUUUGAAGAGAGUGGUGGAGAAUUCCGACGUGAAUAAGAUGGAGGCGAAGAACUUGGCGAUCGUGUUCGGACCGAAUAUCGUUCGGCCCGAGGACGACAACAUGGAAACGAUGGUCAAUAAUAUGACACACCAGUGUAAAAUUGUAGAGACUUUGUUAACAGCGGCCGAUUGGUUCUUCGCGGAAGACGAGUCGGAGAGCCUGCCUGUGCCCGCCGUGAUAUCCGAUGCACAUGAAGAGUCUGAACCGGCCAAUCAAGCUUUGUUACUGGAUAAUAUUAGCAAAUUUGAAGCUUUAAAGGAUAAGGAGAAGAAUGGUGCAUUGUUUUCAUCGAUAAUAUCGGCGGCGCAGCGCAAGGUCAAACGAAAAACUACCAAAGGUUCAGGUUCCUUGAAUGAGAGUAAAGAAGAGGUGACGUCUCCGAACGACAGCGGAGGUUACUCUUCGGGAUCGUUCUCCUACACUGAUCUCAAAGAUGUUAGUACAACAGACGGUAAGACUAGUGUCAUACCGACCACCGUAACGGAUAUGGAAAAAGUGAGCAAAGCGCCACCCGAAAAAGUGCCUUGGUUUAACUACUCGACAGACAGAGAGGAUUUCCACAAACGCAUCGAGAACUUCAAGCAAGAAACCGAGGCAAUGUUGCAGAUGCCCCGGAACGUCGAAAUUUCCGUCAACAACAUCCCUUCCAAGUCGGGUAAUCUGAGCACCUCGACCGGCAACGUCAACCAGUCGCGACAGUCGUCGAAAUCGCUCGACGAUUCCCCUUUGCUUAAAACACACAGUGCUUCCAAAGUUUUCUCCAGAACUAUAAACCUCGACAACAGACACAGCUUGGACAAUUCGUACUCUGUGCAAUACGCGAAUCGGAGUGACAGUGAUUUCGGUGGUAGUUUGCGCGACACGAACCGAAACGAGAGUGCUCUGCAGACGAACGGACGGUUUGUGAUACGGCGGGGCAGUUCGGUCGAGAACGUCAACGCCAGCACGACGGACUUGAACGCGAACGGAACGAUGAAGAAGGUCAAAUACGAGAACGAGAGCGACGUCGGCCAGAGGAUCGGGUCGUUGGACUCCCUCAACAAGGUGACGACCGAUGACGAUACGGAUUUGACGUCGGUCAUCACCCUCCUCGACAAAAAACUGAACAAGAAUUCCCGCGAGAAUCUCCUCUCCGGCGAGGGCUUCCCCUACGCCGACGAGUCGCCCGAAAAGAGUCACCGUGUGAUCGUCGCCUCUCUCUCCGACAAAGACACUAUUUCAAAUCUGAGCGACCUCUACCGGGAUCCCAGCCUACACAAAAACCAGUACAGCAACAAGUCGAAUUAUCUGCACGACGCGAAGGUCAAAGAGUCGAACAAAGAACCGGAGAAGGACGAAGAUUCGACGAUGACGUCCGACAAAGACAAACACAUAUCUCACAAGCUUACCAACAAGAGCAAAACCGCGCCAAAUUCGAUUUUGAAACGUUCGGAGUCGUUGAAUAAGGAGAGGACCGUUUCGCCCCUCAAUAACAAGCUGAAGAGGUCGGAGAGUCUGAACAAGACCGGAGAUAAGCUAAAGCGGUCGGACAGCCUAACCAAAACGGAAAAAACCGAAAGCAAUUUGAACAAGAGGCGGGAACUGGCGACGUCGGUCCGACGCAAGGACGUGACGAAGCUGAAGAGGAAGAACGGGAUGCCGGAUAGGUCGAUCAAGAGGAGGCAUACGGUGGGCGGUACCAAAGACCCAGACAAGAUGACUUGGUGGGACAACAAAAAAUACCAAGAGGUGUCCUCGAACAAGGAAAACAAAGAGAAGAAUUUGAGGACGAGCUCUCCGGAUCUGAGUUCGACGCGAAGGGAGAGGUUAUGUUUCGAAAUAAACUUAAUUGGACCUGAGAAUAUGGUGGUGGCUCUUAAGCAGCAUUUGAUGGGGGCGAGGCCGCAGAGCUUUCCUGAUACUGCGGUGUUCAAAGUACCGCUCGAAUCUCACGUUUAAGGGUGCCUUAAGGGAGUAGACUGAGCGAAAAUGUGCAAUACGCAUGUGCAUUGAUAAUCAUUAUUUAUUUAGGAUAAAUUAAAUAGAAUGGAAGUUGCUUUCGUUGAGUGUGAAAGUAGGCUAAGAUUUUUUUUGUUUUGAUCUUUGAAAAAGACGGAAAUAAUGCGACGCAAAUUUUAUUUUUACAGCAUUUAUCUGUUGUUACUUUUAGGUUUUGCUUCUUUAAAUGUAUGUGAUUCUAAAGUAAUUAAUUCUAUUCCAAGGUGAAGCAAUUAAAUUUGUGAUAAAAAUGUAGUGAUUUAGGCUUGUACAUAAUUGUGUUGUUUUAUUCUUCUCAUGAGUUUAGUUCUUGAUCGCUUUGAUUACCAUGUUUUUUUUAUUUUUCCCCUUUUUUGAAUAUUUCUUCAAACAGUAUUACUUACUGAAUACUGUGCCAAAAGUAUAUACAGCUAACCUUUUUGUAAAUAUUGUUUAUUUGCUUGUGAAUUGGUGUAUAAAGGUCAUUUUAUAGGCUGAGCAUAUUCUUGCCUGUUAUUGUUUUUUAUAGUUUUAAGUACAAAUUGUAUGUGUUGUUGUAUCUUGUGAAGAAUUGUAAAUAUAUUUUCAAUUUAUCCAGUU